CUGUCAUUUAAAUAACCGUAUCAGCUGCUUCUUGUAUAUCUGCAGAACACAAUGAACAUAUCCCACUUACACACAUAGAAGCAAACAUGAAUGCACACGUUAGCCACACGCUCUUUGCUCCUAUUCAAAUAUCAUAGUUUCCCCUUUUUCUCUACUCACUGCACUUGUCAUUUCAUCAUUGGACUCUAAGGGCCGCUGUUGGUCUUUAAAGCACAUUUAGUGCCUUUGAAAUGCAGCUACACCUCCCUGUAUUUCUCUUAGUGUCCCGCGGAGAGCAGCUCAUUCGGUCUCCAUUUGGAUUAUCCGACUAAUGUAGUCGUUUUCACACCGUGGAUCAUAAAGACAUCAACAGGAGGACGAUAGGGGGUAACGGGACGGCUUUUUGUGCGAUACCUUCGUGUGGAGUUUGGGUGGAUUGCUUCGGGAAUAUGCCUUUUAUCAGCAGUGAACCCACGGUUAAAUGGCAAGUACGGGCCUUCAUCCUUGUUUUUCUCAUAGACGCGACAGUCUGUCAAAUCCGCUACUCCGUCCCAGAGGAGAUGAGAAAGGGCUCCUUUGUGGGAAAUGUGGCUGAAGAUUUAGGUAUCGACGCUAAAAGGCUGAAAUCAGGCGGUGCCCGGAUUGUUAGCGGGGAAAGCAGCGAGUACAUCCGGCUGGAUGCAGACAAAGGGAUUCUUGUGGUGGGCGAAAGGAUAGAUAGAGAACAGCUCUGCGGGCAGAUAUCGCCCUGUAGCUUGAAUUUUGAAAUGAUAAUGAUGAAUCCAAUGCAGCUGCACAGCGUCGUGGUGGAAGUGUUGGAUGUAAAUGAUAACGCGCCCGUGUUUCCUGAGAAAGAAGUGCAUGUAGAGAUAGUAGAAUCGGCUCUACUAGGGACCGAAAUAUUGCAAGAGAGCGCCACCGAUCCUGACGUAGGCAUCAACGCUUUACAGGGCUACACGUUACACCCCACAACGCACUUCAAUAUUAAGGUCCUGUCCAGCCCAAAUGGUCAUAAAUAUGCACAGCUGUAUCUUUUUAGUGCCUUAGACCGCGAGAAAGAAGAAACGCUGCUCCUCACGCUUACUGCUGUGGACGGCGGUGAACCACAGAAAUCAGGGACACUAAAAAUACGUGUAACUGUGCUCGACACAAAUGACAACGCUCCAGUCUUUACGCAGUCAAAUAUCAAGGCGUCUGUCAAAGAAAAUGUUCCAAAGGGAACUUUAGUCGUGCGCUUGAGCGCUACGGAUGCAGAUGAUGGGAUGUAUGGCCGCGUCACAUACCACUUUAAUCGCAUGUCUAGUAAUGUUGCAGAGCUAUUUCAUCUGGAUGAAAACAGCGGCGACUUAACGGUAAACGGCAUGAUUGAUUAUGAAGAGAAUAAAGUAUUUGAGAUCAGCGUGCAGGCAAAGGAUCAUGGUGGACAAAGCACAUCCACAAAAGUCAUAAUUGAGGUGAUGGAUGUUAAUGACAAUGCACCUUUAAUAACGAUGACCUCGUUUUCCACUUCCAUCGCUGAGGAUUCUCCCAUUGGAACCACUGUGGCGAUCAUAAACGUUAAAGAUGUAGAUUCAGGCAAAAAUGGGAAAGUAGACUGCUCAGUUAAUGGCAACAUCCCGUUUGCAAUCCACUCAUCUCUAAAGAAUUAUUACACUCUGGUGACAAACGGUGUCCUUGACAGGGAGCGUAAUCCUGUUUACAAUAUAACUUUCACUGCUGUGGAUGAAGGCAGUCCGGCACUGUCGACUAACAAGACAGUAACACUCCGAGUAUCCGACGUUAAUGAUAACGCCCCAGUAUUUGAACGGAGUUAUUACGAAGCUAAUAUCAUGGAGAAUAACUCGCCAGGGUUAUCUGUAUUUUCUGUGAAAGCGCACGAUUCUGACUCAGGCCAGAAUGCACGUGUUUCUUACCUGCUAAUUGAUACAGAGUUAAAUGGUAACCCCAUAUCCACCUACAUAUCUGUUAACGCAGAGAGUGGAGCCAUACAAGCAGUUCGAUCAUUUGACUUUGAGCAAAUUAAAAGUCUAGAUAUUUUUGUAAGAGGACAGGAUGGGGGCUCCCCGCCUUUAAGCAGUAAUGCCACAGUUAAAUUAAAUAUUCAAGAUCAGAACGACAACCCUCCUCAGGUUCUGUACCCGGUCCAGACUGGAGGCUCUCUGGUGGCUGAAAUGGUGCCUCGUUCAGCAGAUGUGGGCUAUCUGGUGACUAAAGUGGUGGCUGUUGAUGUGGACUCUGGACAGAAUGCCUGGCUCUCCUAUAAACUGCAGAAAGCCACAGACAGGGCGCUGUUUGAAGUGGGCUUACAGAAUGGAGAAAUCCGAACUAUCCGCCAGGUGACUGAUAAAGAUGCUGUGAAACAGAGACUGACUGUUAUAGUGGAGGACAACGGGCAGCCCUCUCGUUCAGCUACAGUCAUUGUUAACGUGGCGGUGGCGGACAGCUUCCCGGAAGUGCUGUCGGAGUUCACUGACUUUCCUCACGACAAGGAGUACAAUGACAACCUGACUUUUUACUUAGUGCUGGCUUUGGCUGUAGUGUCCUUCCUGUUCAUCACGUGUUUAGUGGUUAUUAUAUCAGUGAAAAUCUACAGAUGGAGACAGUCUCGCGUCCUGUAUCACUCCAGUCUCCCUGUGAUUCCAUAUUAUCCUCCACGUUACUCAGACACUUUGGGGACAGGGACUCUCCCACAUGUGUACAACUACGAGGUGUGCAGGACGACUGACUCCAGAAGGAGUGACUGUAAGUUCGGCGGAGCUGGUAGUCAGAACGUGUUGAUAAUGGACCCCAGUUCUACAGGGACGAUGCAGCGGAUACAGAGUGAGAAGAGCAUCCUGGAUGAACCAGACUCUCCUCUAGAGGUUGGCUUUGUCUUUUUUAUAAAGUUCUAUUCCUUUAAAACUGUAUGUUAUUUUUGACCAUAAGAUGGCUGGUGUCAAUU